UAGUAACAGUUCCCCAUGGGAGACCGGCGGGACCACGGAGUGCGAACUCGGGAAGGAGUGAAAGAAUUUCUAGCCAAAGCCAAAGAAGACUUUCUGAGGAAAUGGGAGAACCCUCCCCCGAGUAAUGCUGGGCUUGAAGAUUUUGAAAGGAAAAAAACCCUUGGAACGGGUUCUUUCGGGAGAGUCAUGCUGGUGAAGCAUAAAGCCACUGAGCAGUACUAUGCCAUGAAGAUCUUAGACAAGCAGAAGGUGGUUAAGCUGAAGCAAAUAGAACAUACUUUGAAUGAGAAAAGAAUACUACAGGCGGUGGAGUUUCCGUUUCUUGUCCGACUGGAGUAUUCUUUUAAGGAUAAUUCUAAUUUAUACAUGGUUAUGGAAUAUGUUCCUGGGGGUGAAAUGUUUUCUCAUCUGAGAAGAAUUGGAAGGUUCAGUGAGCCACAUGCUCGAUUCUACGCGGCUCAGAUUGUGCUCACGUUUGAGUACCUCCACUCCCUGGACCUCAUCUACAGAGAUCUCAAGCCUGAGAACCUCUUAAUUGACCACCAGGGUUACAUCCAGGUCACAGACUUCGGGUUUGCCAAGAGAGUGAAGGGCAGGACCUGGACACUGUGUGGCACCCCAGAGUACCUGGCCCCUGAGAUCAUCCUCAGCAAGGGCUACAAUAAGGCAGUGGACUGGUGGGCACUGGGAGUGCUCAUCUAUGAGAUGGCCGCUGGCUACCCCCCAUUCUUUGCAGACCAGCCUAUUCAGAUUUAUGAGAAGAUCGUUUCUGGAAAGGUCCGGUUCCCCUCCCACUUCAGCUCUGACCUCAAGGACCUCCUACGGAACCUGCUGCAGGUGGAUCUGACCAAGCGAUUCGGAAACCUGAAGAAUGGCGUGAGUGACAUAAAGACCCACAAGUGGUUUGCCACGACUGACUGGAUUGCUAUUUACCAGAGAAAGGUUGAGGCUCCAUUCAUACCAAAGUUCAGAGGCUCUGGGGAUACCAGCAACUUCGAUGACUAUGAAGAAGAAGAAAUCCGUGUCUCUAUAACAGAAAAAUGUGGAAAAGAAUUUUGUGAAUUUUAGGGAGGGAAAAGAUGGCCUCGAGCUCACACUAGUCUUUGCACGCUGUGGAGGUGGAAGGUGGAGCCGAGCCCUGCUCAUUGAAGCAGUUACCAAGUUCCUUCAUUCCAGCAACUGAGUGAGGUCCGUAUCGCAUCAUCAGUGUGCACUCUGCAACCACCUGUGUACCAGGGCACCGCUCCGCACGCAUUGUCCGUGCCAUGACACAGUGUGCACCACUUUCCUACUGUUGAGUUGUUUUUCUCCACCCUCCUACAUUCUUUUCAUUAUCUUCUCUGACCAGUACUCCACUUUAUUUUCUCCGUGUUUCAGGUGGCAGUGUUAUGGCUGUGUGAUAUUUAAAAGGAAAGCUACGUGUUGCUUCUUGUAGUUUUGAGCGAUAUUUUUGCUGACCAGUGGCUUGAAGAUAAACUCUCUAAUGAUUAUUUUUAUUUUGAGUAGCUCGGACUCAGUUUUGCCAAAACUCUUAUAAUUUUUGAAGAUGGAAUGUCUUAUCACCAAGGGAAUAUGCAUAAGUGAAGAUAAUAACUUUUCAGGAGUCACUGAUGUGGCAAUAAAUUCAGAGUGGCUAGCCUAGCAGUAUGGACUCCUGGACCAGAGGCUUCAUUUCCCUUUGCCUUUUAAUAUUCUUCUCUCUGUGAGAAAUUAAGUGACCAGACAGAUGCUUCAUUUGUCAGGAGAAGUGAGGGGCGUGGCUCCUUGCCCGGCCGUCUCCCUGGUACCAACAUCUCUGUGGGUUAGAAGGGCAUUCCGAGGUUUCUAAGCCUUCACUCUUCCAUGAGGGUUUUAGCCAGUAUUUAGGAGAGCAUGACUGCUAAAGCUAUGCAUUGUGAAAUGUCUCAGACAGUCCUCAUCGGCAGUGUCUUAAGGGAAACAUGCGAACUAAAGGAACACAGAUUUGGAUAGAUGCUAAGUCGAGGGAAGCCUUGAUCCCUGCUUACAGCGUAGAGCUACUGUCCUUUCAGGGAAGUGGUCUGUUUGCUUUGGUUCAUAACACGUAAGGACAAGAAGUUGCUGUUGCUUACUGUUGUGACGUAUUAAGAUGAGGGCACCGUGGCAACUUCAGAUUUUAUCCCCUGCUUUGGCAGAGGGGGGGGGGAGGCAAAGCUUAAGAAACUGCCACAUUUGUAGUUUAAUUUUGAGGUGUGAUAUUAUCUUUAGAUACAUCGGAAUUUCUAACCUCUUUUUUUCUUUGUAGACAGAGUAUAUGAUCAUGCAGAUACAGUUUUAAUAUUUGUGUUUCCUUAAUUUUUUUAUACUUUUUGCCAAUUGACUUCACAAUGUUGCCAUCAUGAGGAAAUUUCAAGCACUCUUGCACAUUUAGUUCAGUGUUCUUUGUGAAUAAAUGGCUUAACUUUUUUUAACUAUUUUUUCCAUUGCUUUUAUUUUCCUGUCUCAUUUUCUCUCUGUUUCAGUGACCUACCUUAAAUGAUCAACUCACCCAAAUGGUUUAAAAUGUUCCAUUUUGUGAGCAAUCUACAAGCAUAUAAGGUUGUUUUAAAUCAAACAAGCCCUAAACUUUAUAUAUAUAUGUGUGUGUGUAUAUAUAUAUAUAUAUAUAUAUAUAUAUAUAUAUAUAUAUAUCCAACCUUGAUCUGCUUCCUUACUGGUGCAGGUAGGUCAUUGACGCCACCCCUGUUCAUAUGCACCCACCCCUCACUAAACCCUUGAAGACACUGAGAAGUCCUACAAGAGACCUUCUCUCCACCUAUCUGCAUGUCUUUUGGUUGUCAAGUGUUUCUGCAUGGUAGUGUCCACAAAGACAAAUGAUGAUUUCAGUUGGUCCACCUGUAUUUAAAAUGUGCAAGAAAAAUUGAAAUACUCUGCUGUAGCAAGUUUUAUGUAACAAAGAUAUAUCGUCGUCGUGUUAAUAACUUAAAUGCAUCAUUUGUACAAAAUACUUUAGUUUUUUGUAUUUCAUUUAAACCCAAGAACAUGCUAAUCAUUGUGUUUUAUGUAUGCUACAAAUUCUCUGGUAGAAUUGUUGUAUAUUAUUGUAAAAUUAUUUCAAUAAAUCAUGGGGAUGACAAUUUGAUUAUUAUACUUUAGUUUUCAAAAUUGAACAGAUUUCUAUGAAUCCUAAAAAUAUUUUUUUCUAUGAAAUCAUUAGUACCCAGCUAGAGUCCGCCCAGGUAUGGCCCCUAGACAUAACAUUGGUUUCUGCGGCUUCUCAGCCAUUCCAUUUCACUGUCUGUUUGAAGUACAUGAGCGAACUGUCAGAUGUGUCAAAGGGGUCUAUUUCUGACUAAUCAAGUGCACUAAAUCAGAAUAUUCUUAGCAUACUGAGAGUUCCCAUUUUUAGCCACAGGGUAGCCAAAAGGAUUUUCUUUAAAACUUAAAAUAAUAAGUCAGUGGCAAAAACCAGUGUUUAACUCAAAUUAUAUUACACAAAACAGAAGAAAUUAUGUUUUUGCCCAGAAAAUAAAGAAACAGCGUGGUGCAGGAAGGAGCCUGGAUGACAGUGAAACUUACUGGAGUGUUGUCAGUUGCAGACAGCAGAAGAGCUGGACAGGCACUUUCUGGGUCCUUUCCAAUUCCCCAUGUUAGGUCAAGGUCCCCUCUUUAUCUGAUACCCUUAAGGGACAACAUACUCUGAAGUAAGUUUCUGUACAGUGAUACAUUUCUGUGCAUCCUUCCUCUUACCUCUUACACUAUCCUGAAAAUCCUUUGACUAUCAUAAGACCCUUGUCUGUCCCGUUCCAUACUCCCCCACUGAUGCUAAUAUACACUUGAUAUCAAACUGUCAGCCUACCAAAAAGAUAUUGUGGCUUAUGGGUAUUGCUGUCUUGUUCUUGGUAUGUUCCUAUACUGAUUGCCCCUCAGUCUGAAAAAAAAUGCUCAUUGUAAGCCUAAAACUAGAUGAUUUUGCUUUCCCACUCACUGUUUUUUCUUUCCUUCUGCUUGUUGUAAGAAUCCAAUGAAAUAAUGUAUGUAAAAGCACCUUGUAAACUGUAAGCUUUCGGUGUAAGAUGUAAGGUGUGUUGUUUUUUCAUUAAUUCUUUGUUUAGAGUGGAAUUUCCUAUGCACUACUAUAGCUAGGAAAUGCUGAAAAUGUGUUUUUUAAUUCAUCAAUAACCGCAAAAUUAAAGUAUCUUUAAAGAAGAAAA